AUGAAUUUCAUAAAGACUGAAGAGAACAAGUCAUUCCAUGUUACAGAAAAUGACCAGGGUUCCAGAACUGAAGUUUCAGUGGAUGCUGUCAUGAAGCCGACAAGUUCUGGCACGCUGGAUGGGCAUUUGCUACCUGACCUAAGAGAAUGUAGCAGUGCUUCUGUGCUUGGAAAUGAAGUCAGUAAGCAUGAAACAUCCCUUAAAAUUCUGAACCGAAAUUUGAACAUCAAGGAAAAAUGUCAUUUCACCUUUACUUUGAAUAGAAGGUUCAAGAAAUUUGAUCAUAGUGAGUUUACAGCAUAUGGUAAACCCAAUGAAAGUAUUUUCUCAGCUCUGAUAGCUAAUGAGAAUCUCAUGGAAACUUGUUCUAAUAGGAACAUUAUUGUUUAUGCAGAAAAAGAAAUCAGAGGAUAUGUAAAUUUAGGAAUGCCUCUCAAAUGCCUGCCUAAAGAUUCGCAUUUAAAAGUAAUACUUAGUCAAAGAAAGAGUAGCCAGCAAGAAGAUGAUCAGAUAUUACGUCAUUGUGAAAACCCAGAUCUUAAUUGCAUUCUUUUUAACAUUGUUGCUGUUGGGAAGACGAUAAAGAAAAUACUUAAGGUCAAGGAACUUCAUGAAAUAGGAAGUACAAUUUGUGUCUAUGCCUUGGAGGGUGAAACUGUCAAAGAAGCUCUCUAUAAAGAUGGCAGAUUUCGUUCUGACCUCAGUGAACUUGAUUGGAAACUAAUGGAAGGUCAUAACAAAAUUCAUAGAAAAGAGUCCCUGGUGGAUGAUAUAUCUGGAAAGACCUUAGACAUGGUCAUUUUAAAAAAAAAAUCUGUCAGAAAAAUUAUUCAUGAAAAUCCUAAACAAAAGAACGAAAAUGUCACUGAUAAAAUCAGUCCCUGUGAUCUGAUAAAGUCUGAAAGCAAGGUCCAGGACUCAGACAGAGGUAGAGAGACCGAAGGUGUAGAACACAAGAGAAAAAAAAAAAUUCCACCCCAAAGUCUAAGGCGUGAUAUUGAAAAGAAAAACUAUCGGACAAAGUUAAGUAUUAUUUUUUACUAUGAUCUUCUGAAAAAAUAUAAGAAACUAAAGUCACAGGUUAGACAAAGGCCAUAUCUGAGUAGGCACAACAUUACUUAUCAAGGUAUCCAUGAGGAUGCAAUUAAUCUCUGGCUAAGGAACUCCACAAAAUUGAGCAGUACUAUAGUGCAGCAAUAUCCAAAUUUUAAAGAAGUUCCACUUUGGCUGGGAAAGUGUUUUGAGGAAGAACGAAAGAGUCAAAAAGUGUCACCAUUGGAGCAAUUCAGCAUAUAUGAAAAGAACUUUGGAAAAGAGUCUGCAAAUUCUAAUUCAGUUGCAACCUAUGAAUGUCUUAUUCCUCUUAGUAAGUCAGUUGGGUUCAUGACAUGGAACAAUAUAAAUACUGGCAAUAGUACUUGCUUUAGCUUAAAGGAUGGUUAUAUUUUGACCUGUCUACAUGUUGUGCAUUUUAUUGUGGGAGAAGGCACACAUCCAAGUUUGUGGCCUGAUACAAUAAGUAAGUGUGCAAAGGUAACUUUCAAUUACCAAGAGUUUUGCCCUGCUUACCACAAUUGGUUUUUUUUAGAGCCGUGGUGUGAAAUAUAUGAUGGAACUCUAGAUUAUGUCAUUUUAAAACUCAAAAAGAAUGGAAAUGCAUUUCCUCCAGGCCUGUGUGGACAAAUUGCUCCUCAACCAUCUAGUGGUUUGAUUUAUUUAAUAGGUCACCCAGAUGGCCAGAUUAAGAAAAUAGAUGAUUGUGCUGUGAUUCCUGUAAAUCAGCGGUUCAGGAAGUAUUCAAAGCAUCAAGAUGGGCUAGCAGAAAUCAGUGUUGCCACUUAUAAUGCUUGCCCUAUAUUUACCAGAAGAACUUUCCUGUCACACAUUGAUAGCACUGCCACACUUAGUUAUGACACUUGUUUCUCCAGUGGGUCCUCUGGCUCCCCAGUGUUUACUGCGUCUGGCAAGUUGGUUGCUAUGCAUGCCUUUGGGCAUUUUUAUGAACAUUUAGGUAAGGUUUAUGCUCUUAUUGAAUAUGGCUACUCUAUGGUUUCUAUCAUGUGUGAUAUUAAAGAGAAAGAUGAGACAUUUUAUAAGUUGUUAUAUGAAGAGAAAAAUGAGAAUCACAAUGAAGAAAAAAAUGAGAAACAAGAGUCAUUGCUUCAGGAUCCUCAGAUUGAACCCAUGGAAUGGGUGUAA